AUGGCACCUUACAACGCCAAAACAACUGCCGAAGACGCCAUCAACGAGCUCAAAGACCGAGUUAUAGGGAAAAAUGUCGUUGUAACUGGCGUAUCGCCUGGAGGACUCGGCACUGAGGUCGUUCGUACAAUUGCUCCUUAUGCCAAGUUGAUCUAUGUGACUGGUCGUAACAAGGAUCGUAUCCACGAGAGCAUUGUUUCCAUCAAGAAAGACGUGCCGUCGGCGAACAUCAUCCCGAUAGUAGCCGAUUUGACGUCUGUGGAGUCUAUUCGUAGUGGCGCUUGGAGAUCACAGAGCCUAUUCAUGUGGAUACUGAUAAACAACGCUGCAACGGCACUGUUCGAGACCCUCCACCGCUCCAAAGAAGGGUUCGAGGCUCAGUUCGGAGGAAAUCACCUCGGCCAUUUUCUAUUUACCAACCUCAUCUUGCCACGUCUACGCGAGGCCGCGACACCAGAGUAUCCGGCCCGUGUCGUCGUGGUCUCUAGUCUCGCCUACAGCUGGGCACAAGCUCCUGGCGGCUUUCGAUGGGAUGAUCCUGCAUUCAUCAAACGACCGGAAGAAUACGCCAAGUUCGAAGCUUAUAUGCUAAGCAAAACAGCGAACGUCCUUCAUGCUCGUGGGAUUGCGAGGAAGUUUGCAACGGACAACAUUGUCGCGUACUCUUUGUCCCCUGGCAUAGUGGAGACGAACAUGAAUUUAUCUAUUCCUUUGGAUGAACAAGUGGCCUUUGGGUUUUUGAAAGAGGAUGGUACCAAAGCCGAACAUCCACAUUGGAGGACCUUUGCUGAGGGUGUUGGAACUGAGGUCGUAGCCGCCUUAGAUCCAUCACUCCUGCCACAUAGUGGGGCCUUCCUACUAGAUAACCAGCCCGCCGCUGGAAAGGACGUGACUUCGGUAAUAACAGAUGAGAAUGCCGAAAGGUUGUGGCAACUCAGCGAGGAGCUCCUUGCUCCAUUCUAG